AUGACUCACGUAAUCAGAAAAGAAAAUUUGAAUGAAUGGAAUAAUAAUAGUACAGGUAAAUAUAAUAAUCCACUUCAAACAACUACAGAAAAUGUAGUAAAUCGUCCACCACGACUACCUGAACCUACAUUGGGAUCGUACUUACAGUUUAUUACAACAGAUUUGGAAAAUAUGCUAUGGAUCGGGAGUGUUUUAAUCUUUCGACAUGUUUCAUACGGUCGACCAGCAAUCGAAUUUACUGCAAAAGUCAACAUUGAUUACGAUUGGGAGAUACUAUAUGAUAAAAAUCUAUUUAAUAUGCCAGUUUAUUGA